CAAGGAACCUGACUGACUAGAAGCUCCAGUCUGUCCUUAGCAGCCAGUGGCUUUUCGUAGGCUUCUUUCCCAGGACUGGCUGAAGAUGAAGCCCAAAGGCACAGCGAUGUUUUCUUGCUUAGUAAGACAGUUUUACCAUCUGUUUGCUCACUAAGCCAGUUCUCAAAUAACUUUCAGCUUUAUGCAGCAGUUGGCUUGUCAGUGAAUGAAAAUUAGCUGGUAAAAAUUCUGAAUCAGAAAUAUUUAUUGGGGGGGGGGGAGAGGAAUCGCCUGCAGGCUCCUACUUCUGGCUUGAAUUGAUUAUGCAGAUAGGCUUCCAGAGGAAGACGGUCAGCUUUCAGCAGUGUAUUGGACUGUUGUUAAACAAUUUCUGUGGUUUUCAGUUACAAUAGUUUGGCUUCCAUAUAUGAGAAAAUACAUGUGUGAUGAAAGUGUCUUACAUGAUGCUGAAGAAAGCAUGAAAUGUGUUGAGAACUAAGUGGCCUUUUCCGACAUGUAGAUCCUGUCUCAAAGUUCUGGCUCACUGUGCUUUAUGCACACAAAUCUACACUUGGACCAAAUAGGAUGUUAAAGGAAUUACUUGUAAGAGGACUUGAUGCAAGAUAAACAUAUUUAAGGAUAGUGGAGAUGUGUCAGAUGUUUGGAUUUGAGAAUGAACAACUCAGACUGGCUGAAAACCAAGUCUAUAUUGUUAUACUGUAGACCAGGAGUAGCCAACCUCUCCACUGGCUGUUGGACUACAUUUCCCAUCAAACCCAACUGGCCUGGCCAAUGGUAAGGUCUGGUGGAAGUUGGAGUAUGCCACAGUAGAUACCUCUGACAGAGACCAUCUCCCUUUAAAAAGGCAGCCAACUUCCCAGUUGCUUCCUUGAAAGAAUCCUCGUAAUUGUAAUUUGUUUAAGAUGCUUGCAAUUCUCUUUGUCUGUGAACUUUUGUCCCAAUCGCAGAGCUACACUUCCUAAGGUUACCUGAGACUAGGCAAUACCUUUAAGCCAGUGGAUAUGCUCAUACAACUGCAUCAAAGGUGCAAUUCUUUUAGAGUUGUUCCCCAUUAGAAAAUCCUCUGUUUUAUACAGCCCUCAAAAAGCAGAAAAAGCCCUCAGAGUCUGGACCAGGCAACCCAGUGUAGCAUAAUGUUUAUUAGCAACCCUGGUAUGAAAAUCUGCUGAAAUAACACAGUCAUGCUCUCAGCAGUGAAUAAUCACUUCCGUGGUCUACUGCAGGGUUUCCCCAUCUGUAUGUAUUUGAGGCUGUUGGCCAAGUUGCAAAAGGGGCAGGGCUUGGAUACAAACUGGUCCUUCUUCUUCUUUUAUUAACCAAAUGAGUAAUUUAUUCCCAAUUUAAUGUCUGGGAAAAAUGGUGGACCAGAAGGUAAUUGGCUGGUUAAUAUAUUCCAGACCUUUGCAGGAGGAAAUUAUGCUCUUGAUUUUCUCAGUUGUAUAUCCAACUGGAAGCUGUCUGGCUAUGUGCAUAUUUAUAAAUAUUCUUUCAACUGUGGUAGAAGCCAAAUAGUAAGAACAGGGGUAUUAUCCAGAUAAUCCUUGAAAGUCUUGGCACCUAGGAGCAAAUUAGUAGGAGUCAUGAUAUAAAUCAAGGCAGAAAUGGAAAAAAACAUUACUAAAUCUAAGGAUAUGAAAACAACUGUUGACCUUGACAGCUAACUAAUUCUGUGAUCAUAAUAAAACUUAUACCCACUAUUCUCAUAUUACUCAAAAUUUGUCCUAGGUUUGUCACAUCUGUUAUAAUUCCUAAAACACUAUGUUGUCCCCCCUUCCAUUCUUCAUGUUGUACAUGAUAAUACAAUCUUGUACAUGAUGAUACUAUGCUUCUCUUGUUUUGGAAUUAUUGUGUAUUUAAAAAUCUUAAACUGAGUAUCUUUCUAGUCAUAUAUCAAAAGCACUCUAGGCAAAACUGUAGUACUUCGGGUUACAUAUGCUUCAGGUUACAGACACUUCAGGUUACAGACUCCACUAACCCAGAAAUAGUACCUCAGGUUAAGAACUUUGCUUCAGGAUGAGAACAGAAAUCGUGCUCCAGUGGUGCAGUGGCAGCAGGAGGCCCCAUUAGCUAAAGUGGUGCUUCAGGUUAAGAACAGUUUCAGUUUAAGAACGGACCUCCGGAACGAAUUAAGUUCUUAACCUGAGGUACCACUGUACCUCAGUUAUUUAUAGUGCCUUAAAACAACUUUGCUAAGUUUUCGAGCUGUGACCAGUGCUUCUUUUCUUUAAAAAUGUUUAGGGGUCCUCUCAUUUGACUCAGUAAAAUCACCAUUUUAAAUACAGUAAAUGAACAAAAGUACAAAAAUUCACAAAAUGUUUAGAGGUAUGCAUACCUACGUACCCCCCAGAAAAAAAGCACUGGCUAUGACCAUUCCUGGACAGGGAUGUCUUGCCACAGUGCUAUGGUAACCUCUCACUUAGAGUGCUGUAAUAUGUUGCCUAUGGGGCUGCCCUUGAAGAUGACUCGAAAGCUUCAGCUGGCGCAGAAUGUAGCUGCCAGCAUUUUAACCAGUAGUCAGGUGGAACCAUACUUCAUCAAUUCUGAAAGAAUUAUACUGGCUGCUUGAUUGUUUCUGAGGCCAGUUUAAGGAACUGGUCCUUACCUCUAAAGCCUUAAAUGGCUUGGAACACAGAUACCUCUUCAUCAUCAAACUACAGGGUUGGAAAGGGACCCCAAUAGUAAUCUAGUCCAAUCCUCUGCAAUGCAGGAAUCACAACUAAAUAGUCCCUGACAGAUGGUCAUCCAAUCUCAGUUUAAAAGCCUUCUAUGAAGGAGAGUCCAUCACCUUCCACUGUACCUGAAAGGGCACUUCUCUCUCUCUCUGCCAAUCUGCCUAUGUCUUAAGAUCUUCAGAACAGGCUCUUUUUCAUGCCACUGCCAGGGAAUAUUUAACCCUUGUUUUUGUAUUGGUACUGAAGUUGAGCUUACUGUUGCCUACUAUGCCUUCUUUACAUAUAGUGACUAUAAUGAAACAGAACAUAUUUUACAUGAAUCCUUACAUAUUUGAAAUAUACACCCAAUCCAACAUAGAUUGAUUUGAACUUCUAGCAUUAACUUAAUUGGCCAGGCUUAUGGAGCGAUCACUGGGAUGUAUAGUAACACUUUAAGCAGAUGACUCUGGCCACAAAACACCAGGAAUGGUUCAUGUGCAAUCCUCAUUAUACUUAAUGAGAAGUUUCCAGUGAAUUCUGCCUCUGGUCAUCUGUUUCAACCAUUUGGAAAUGCUUUUAAGUCUUCUCUCUUUCUCUUUCCAUAUUCAUUUUCCUCCCUUCCCACCCCAGCCCCCAAUCAAGGGAGUUUACCGCAGAUGUGAAGAGUCAGCCUGGAACAUAAAAGCUUCCCACUCAGCUAUCUCUUUCCUUUUGAUUUCCUGCAAGGAAACCAACAUUGAAAUAGUUUGCAAUUACUAUCCAUUUGUCACAAACUACCUUUAAGAGUCAGUGAGGGCAGAUGGAAUAUAGUGUGGAAAAUAUUUUCCAGCAAAAUUGGGUUAUUCCCCUCAAGGAUAUCUAGACUGGUUUAACUGAAACUGAAAAAGGAAUGUAUUCUGCAACUAAUAAUGCAAAAUCCAUAGUUGCAAGAUGUAAUUUAUUUAUGAUUUAAGGUCUGGCACACGCCACUCUUUCCAUCCCCUCAACAUUUAAUAAGCUCCUUUCUUCUAGUUAUGCACAAAUAUCAUGGAAACACACUCACCCAAACAUACAAUCUGUUUGUCUGUCCUUGUUACAUAUGCAAUAGUUGAAAAAAUAAUUGGUACUAUGAACUUCCUUCCUCGCAUAUCUCUCCAAUAUGUUCCAAAUGCCUUUGCUAUAAAGUUACUUUCCACUUCUGUUGCUGUGAGUGUGUAACCCCUCCCCAGUCCUCACAUAGAUUUUAAUUUUGUAGUCCUCACUUUUAAACAGUGGUGGGGCAAUAUUUUCCCUCUUAGGGGCCACAUUCCCUGUGGGAACAUUCCAGAUGCCUUAUCCAAGAGGUACAACCAGGCAGUGGAUGUGGUUCCUUGUACAAUAGGCUACUUUCUAAUCCCACAGAGUGUUGCUCACACCCAUACAAACCCUUCAUAUAGGAAGCAAGACCUGGGACCAGGGGUGGACUUUGGUAAUAUGGCACCCUGAGCGAGAACAACACCCCCCAUGUAUUUCUUAUUUUCACAAUAACUGAUUAGGUAUCUGUAUAAAGAUAGUUGUUUUGCUGUGUUGUUGUUGUUUGUUGUUAUGUACCCCCUCAGCUCAGCACCUUGGGCAGGAGAACUGCCUACACUGCCCUAAAUCCAGCACUGCUGGGACUAUAAUAAGCAGUUAUAAUUGUUGAUUUAAGCAGAGUCUUGGUGCCCAGCGGAAGGAUGAGGAAUACGUGCUGCAUACUCUAUAUUGCUUUAUUUACAGUUCAAAGCUGGUAUAUUACAGAAAGACAUCUUGCCUCUGCAGGAGCAGAAAAUGCAUCCUCUCUCCUCGACAGCUCGGAGAGAAACACACAGUGAAAAACAGGAAACCAGUGUACGUCACAUCCAGUCUCCCUUUCCCGUGAGAAACUCCAACAGUACAGACUGUGGAAUGUAAACACCUGUCUCGUGACAAGCAGAGCUGCACAGUGAAGGAAAGCAGAAACCAACAUCCUCCCCAUUCUGUGAACAUCACUGGGCAUCGUGUAUGUACAAUAUCAGUACAAACCCAACUUCUGCACAUAGGUACAGUGUUGAUCCCUCGAUACAAUCUUGGACAAUACAUCAGCAGGAAUUUCAUUACCUGGCAUAUAGGACACCGUUACGAGUCCCUUCUGAAUACAUUCCCUAGCAUGCUGCAACUUUAAUUGCAAGUGCUUUGUGCUUUGCUUACAACCUUCAGACUUCAGCAAAGCCAAACAUGCUUUGUUGUCCUGGUAAACCUGGAUUGGACAUUUGACAGGAAUUUUCAUAUCUUUGCACAAUUGUACUAACCAUUCACAAUCCUUAAGUGAAUAAGACAGUGCAUUCAGUUCGGCUUCACAAGUACUUAAGCUAACUGUUGUUUGCUUCUUGCAUGACCAAUCAAACAGACUCUGAUUGUACAUGUAGCAAACUCCAGACGUACUUUUCCUGUCUGUAGCGUCACUUCCAAAACUUGCAUCUGCAAAUAUCUCAAGACCACCAGACUUUUGAUUGUUAAAUCUCAGUCUGUAAUGCAUAGUGCCUUUCAAAUACCGCGCUAUGCGUUUCAGAGCUUUCAAUCCUUGACACUAGGAUUGUUGACUUGUCUGCUUAGCAAAUUACAGCUAACAGCAAUGUCUGGUCUUGAACAUCUGGCAAUGAAGUUUAGCUUGCCUAGCACACUCCUGUACAGUGUAGUGUCAGAAAAUGCUUCUUCAGUGUCAUCUACCUGAUAACCUGUUGUCAUCGGUGUGUCUACAGGGUUAGCAUCCAUCAGAUUUAGUUUGCUUAACACAUCAGCAAUUUUCCGUGACUGGUGUACUAGAAUGUUACCAUCUUGAUCUCUCUCUAUUUCCAGAGAUAGGUAGUUGUUUACCUCACCAAGAUCUUUCAUGUCAAAGUGCUUUUUCAGUUGAGCUAGGGCGCUAUUGUACAUUGCAACAUCUUUCCAAAAGAAUAAUAAAUCAUCAACAUAAAACAAACAGUACAGUUUCUUUUGCCCCUCCUCUUUGACAAAUACACAUGGAUCAGCUUUCGCUUGCUGAAAACCUAGAGAAAACAACACUUCAGUGAGUUUUGUGUGCCAACACCGUGCACUUUGUUUGAGACCAUAAAGGGAUUUCUUCAGAGCACAAACAAAUCCCUGUUUUACCUGUACGCCAUCAGGUGGAAGCAUAUAAAGUGAUUCAUCUAGAGAUCCGUACAGAAAAGCUGUAUUGAUAUCAUGGUGACUAAUGUGUAGAUUUUCCUCUGCAGCUAGCUUGAGCAUAAGCCUAAUGCUUUCAUAUCUCACUGUGGGUGAAUAGGUCUCGUGAUAGUCUUCACCUGGUACCUGCGCAAAACCUCUGGCUACCAAUCUGGCUUUGUGUCUGACUAUCUUGCCAUUUUGAUUUGUCUUCGCUUUGAAGACCCAUUUGCUUCAAGCAGUUUCAUUCCUGGAACUACUGGAACUAGCUCCCAUGUUUUGUUCCUUUCUAAGGAAUCAAGCUCAGCCUUCAUGGCAUUUAACCAUGGCUCAGCUUCCUUUGAAUCCAAACCCUGGAUUUCUUGGAAACUUGAAGGUUCAAAUACCUUCUUGGAGCUUUUAACAGCUGUUACUGCUAUCUUUGCAAACUCAUCAGCAAAUCUCUUUGGAGGUUUGCCUUUGUGGCUCUCUGUGACCUACGAAUUAGCCUUAAGUCUUCAACACUCUCCUCUUCCUUCUUAGGAGAAAACGACCUAUUGUGAACAAUGGUUCCUCCAAUUCUUGAUCAGAGCUUUCAGAGGGUCGCAUAGAGGCUUUCGCACUCUCGAAAUCCUCUGAAUCACCCGAUUCAGUUUCAGAUUCAGACUCAGAACCUUCAUCAGUGGGUGUGGGCUGUUGUGGUUGCUUUUGACUAUCCUCAGUCUCAUCACCGUCAUCAGGAUAACAUUGGAAAAUUCCCACAUUCUCCCCCCACUUUGCAUUGUACUCAACACUUCUUGUGAGCUUAAUUGUCUUAGAGUCAGUCAUCAUUAUUCUGUAAGACCCUUUCUGAUAACCUAGAAAGAUACCAUGCAAUCCACGCUUGUCUAACUUGGAGUUUUGUGGUGAGCGAACCCACAUGUCAGAACCAAAAUCUUCAUGUGUUUGAUGUAUGGCUUCUUGCCAAACAUCUUCUCAUAGGGGUACAACCAAUCGCUGAAGAUAACCUGCGAUUGUAACUGUAAACAAAACACGAGAGAGAUUCGGCCCAAUAACUCUCUGGAAGAUUGGCAUCAUGCAGCAAGGUUUUUAAGCCUUGAAGCAAUGUCUGAUUUGCCCGUUCCGCAAGUCCAUUCUGCCAUGGCGAGCGAGGACUAGACAAAUCGUGUUGAAUUCCUUUCUCAGUCAGAAAAGCUUCAAACUGCUGAGAAGUGAAUUCCCCCCCGCGAUCACUGAAAAGAGUCUUUAUCUUCUUACCAUGCACAUUUUCCAACCAAGCACAGAAUUCCUUGAACCUAGGAAAAGCCUCCGAUUUCUGCUUGAGAUUGUACACAAAAAUAUAUCUAGAAAAUGCAUCAAUGAGAACCAUGAAGUAUCUAUUUCCACCCAAAGAGGGCGCUAGUGGUCCAACCAAAUCAGCAUGAACAACCUGGUAUGGUUCUGUAGCUUUCCUACUAGACACCUUACCUUUCGCAGCCAUUUUUACCUUGUUUGCUGCGCAUGCUUUGCACUUCAUGUGGUACCUGCAGGGUUUAAUAGUCAUACCUUCAACCAAGGCAGGCAUUUUAGAUACUGCCUCAAAAUGCAAAUGACCAAAUUUUCGAUGAAAAUCGUGAAUACAUUCUGCAUGCAAACUUUUGUUAGAACCUGCAAUGCAACAAGUGUCAUCCUGCACCACAUCAUCAUAAUACAAAACAAACAAAUGAUCAACAUAUUCUGCAUGCAAUACAUAAUCAUUUUUCUUUGUGAUGAUGCACUUCUUGUUCUUGAAGGAAACGUCAAUGUUCCGCUCAUUCAGCUGUCCAACGCUGAGCAGAUUAUGUUUGGCGUCUGGCACGUAAAGCACAUUCUGUAUCGAUAAGUCCAAACUGUGAAGAACAACAGUUCCGUAGCCUUUACUGGGAAUAGUGUGGUCAUCCGCCUGGUGAAUCGCACCUUCCUGCGGUGUAAAAGACACAAACAGUCUCUUAUCGUUGCACAUGUGGUGGGUGGCCGCUGAAUCAAUUACGAAGAAAGAUCUAGACGUCUUCUGGACCUCUGCAACCUUUGGAGUGAAGCGUGAAACCAUAGCCUUGUGCUGCGUUGUCCUAGACACCGGACCUUUGCCUUUGCCUCGGCCUUUUCUGCGCGAUGAGCUUCGCUGCGCUGCUCUGUCUUGGCCCUGGGAUGUCUGCAUUCCCUCUUCAUAUGGCCUAGACGUCCACACGAGUAGCAUUUCACUGCCUUCAAAGCUUUGGCGCCAUCUGGUGGUUCCACUGCACUAUGGGAUGACGUCUGUGAAGACUCCCCUUGCCCAUGCAGCUAGCACCCCGGCGAUCUGCUUCAUUUAAAAUCACGGCAGUAACAAAGUCCACUGUCAGCUGAGCAGUUGGUUGCACAGCAAUCUGGGUUGCAACAGACUCCCAACCUGAACCCAAAGAUUGUAGUAUCAUGAAAGAAUACACAGCCUCUGGAAAGUUGAGUCCUCUCUGUUGCAGCUCAUGUCUCAGAUUUUGCAUUUCCAUCAGAUGUAAACGCACAUCUCCACCUUCAGCAAGAGCCAUAUUAUGCAGCUUGUUAAAGUAAAACAUAGUGGAUCCAGCUUCUGUCCUUAAGUGAGCCUCUCUCAGAGCGUCCCAAAUUUCUCUGGCUGAGGUCUUAUCACGCAAUAGACAGAGCUCUUCUGGGGAUACUAUCAAUGUAAGAGUUCCCUUGCUUUGGAAUCCUUAGCUUCCCAUGCAUCUGUAACUGGAACUGGGGGGGUUCCUGUAAUCACCUCAAACAAACCCUCUUUCCGCAGAAUUGCCUCUGCAUACUGAACCCAGUCGGCAUAAUUUUUCUUGUUGAGCUUAGGAAUCCCACAAGCAUCCUGAAGGGCCAUCAUGACUCUGGCAUUAGCCUUCAGCGUCAUAUAUAUGCUGCUUUAAAUCUUGCUGCGUCACUGCUGCAGCUGCCUUAUUACAAAGGCGCACUUAAAAGUUACUUCGAUUUCCCAGCAUAGUGACUUGUGCCUGGGAGCCUUUUGCCUAUUCCCGGCAAAACCGGCUUUAAAAGUUCAAAGUCCAGCCAUAAAGCCAUUAACUUGAAGCUGGCAGGCUGCCCGGAGCAGUAGCACAUACCUCAUCAAUCACUUCUACGCGCAGAGCAGAUUCCGUUCCGAUCUGUCCCGCUGCAUUCCGAUCCUUUGCCGGCACUCCGAUUCGACCUCUGGAGCCCAUAACCACGUGUUGAUUUAAGCAGAGUCUUGGUGCCCAGCGGAAGGAUGAGGAAUACGUGCUGCAUACUCUAUAUUGCUUUAUUUACAGUUCAAAGCUGGUAUAUUACAGAAAGACAUCUUGCCUCUGCAGGAGCAGAAAAUGCAUCCUCUCUCCUCGACAGCUCGGAGAGAAACACACAGUGAAAAACAGGAAACCAGUGUACGUCACAUCCAGUCUCCCUUUCCCGUGAGAAACUCCAACAGUACAGACUGUGGAAUGUAAACACCUGUCUCGUGACAGGCAGAGCUGCACAGUGAAGGAAAGCAGAAACCAACAAUAAUAAGCAGUUAGAAUUGGUUGCUCUGAUAUACUGAGCUGAAGGCUUGGCUGGUAGAAUGCAGUGAAGAACCAAUUGAAAAGGGAAGUAGCUACCGGUAACUGAGGAGAAAAUGAAGUCAAGUGGUGAUAUCCCACAGUUUAAAAAACAUAAACACCUCCUAGAGAAUCUCAGAAAAUUAUAGAUAGACAUAUUGUUCAGACACAGACUGAUUGUCAGCAACUUGUGUGGAAGUACAGAAAUACACAGGGUUGCAGUCAUCUUUUGCAUGCCACCACCAAUAUUACCAAAAGAUCUUUGCAACUGUGUGCCUAAAAACCUUAAUUCUCCACAUGGUGGCAGUUGUACACAGUUGUUUAGCAACACAGACAGCACAGGAAUCUGACACAGGGUGGAUUAUCAAGUACCUACCAUACCAUCUAAUUGUUCAUGUGAAUUGGCAUUAACAUUACACUUUUUUGCAGUUUAACACAAUUCAUUCUGUUAACUAAUAACCUGAUACUAUAAUUCACACAGUUAGGCAUGCUUCAGCCCACUGAAGUACAUUGAAAGCUGGUGUGAUGCAGUGGUUAGAGAACUGAACGAGGUCUGGAGAGACCCAGAUUCAAAUCUCCACUCAGCCACAAUGCUCACAGGUUUACCUCUGGGCCCAUCACUGACCUGGCUCUCACCUCACGGUAAGCCAAACUAUGGCUUACUAGGCGUGCAUGAAUGUGUGGGUUCUUGGAGAAGAAUUUGCUGCCUUUUGCGCCGCCCUUAAUUCAUUUAUUGUAAUGUAGGAAGUUUAUUGUUAGAAGUUGUUAAAAGUCUCUCCCCUUCACCCCCACAUUGGUAUAAUUAUCUUGAAACUUAACUCCUUUGAUUGUGACAGGCCUGUUCUAAGUCAUUGUCUGUCAUGCAUUUUUAAUGGAAUUCUGAACAUUUUGUUAAAUGAGUGCCACUUCAUAGGUAUAAAAAAAUGUCCUACAUAUGCACAGUAAAUAUUUGUAAACAUACUGUUGUGUAUCAGGGACCACAAUGGUGAGAUGAGUAGAGGCAAGCAAUUGUAUAAUUCAAUUUAUUACCACUAAUGACUCAUUGCCCAGGAGAGGCUGCAUCUGGAGCAAUUUAUUAUGGUCAGCUCCUCCUAUUUACAAAUAAAACAAGUUUGUUAGAUGUUUGCAAGAUUGAUGCUUUCUUAUUCGGUUAUAUAAGCUUGAUUUUGUGCCCCCAUUUUCUUAAGCUUUUGCAAACCCUUUAAUGAAUAAUUCUGAAGUGUAGGCAUUUGAAUUUAACUUAAAGUUACAUACUCGUCUUUCCCUUUUUUCAGUUUUCUCCUGUGCUGCUUUCUGUCAUGUCUGAACAAUCAAUUUUUCUCUAUAUACUCAUGUCAAUUUCUAAAGAAGCAAAAGUUCUGGCAUCAAGCUCCUACCAGACAAAUAGCUGGGACUGCUUUAGGAAUUCUGUUUUGCAGUGAAAUUGAAAGGGACCAGAACCCCAGAUCCCUUUGUCCAUUUUUGACAGUGUAAUAGGGAGCGGGGGGGGGGGGGAGGUCAAGAUGCUGAAUGAAUAGACAAUAGGUGUUUAUGACAGUUAGAGAUGCCACACCCCAGCCUUUGGGGUUUUCCAGUACUCCAGGCAGCUGGACAGUUUGGCACAUUGCUGACUGAUUAGUCCCUGCUUCUACACUUUCCUCCUCCCUUGGCCCACCCUGUCUUCACCCUGCACCAGUUUUAAUAUUUGCACAAUAUUGACAUAAGAAACGUUUUAAUAUUUACCCUAUACUGACAUAGGGAAAAGGUUGGGGGCUUCUAAAACGCAUCGUGUUCAUGUGCAGUAUGCAUGCUCAGUGUCUGGAAUACACCGUCAACCGUCUGGAAUGCCAAGUCAACAAGGCGGUGUAGCGUCUGAUCACUUGCACUGCUGUAUCCAUGCAGACCUUUGCCCUAUGUCUAGCUCAUUUUAGCCAGCUGAGCCACCCUUCACACAGCUUGGGUGAAUGAAGCCUACAAAUGAGGGAAAACUUGUUUAGUUCUAUCCAUUUUGAUUGAUUCAUUGUGAAAGUGAGGGAAUUCUUUCGGCCAGCAAGCAACACAUGAUGCCUUGUAAACAAAGUUGUGACUUGCUGGAUUUUAAAAAGUGCUGUAUCUCAAGCCUCGUCCAGCUUAGUUUUUGUAUAACUAUGCACCAGUUCCACUUUUGAGAUGUAUGUUGUAGUAGCACAUUGAACAUUCAUUUUCUGGUCUGCAGACAUUAGGGAAUUUAAAUCUGCUGAGAUGCAGCACUAACAGGGAGAGUUUGGUCACUGUUAUUCCAGUGGUUAAAGGGUUAGACUAGAACCUGGAGACCAGGGUUCAAAUCCCCACACAGCCAUAAAGUGCAGUGGGUGACCUUGGGCCAGUCAUUCACUCUCAGCCUAGCCAACCUCACAGGGUUGUUGUGGGGGUUAAAUUAGACAGGGGAGGAACCAUGUAAGCCUCCUUGAGCUUCAUGGAGAAAAAGAUGGUACAUAAAUGCAGCAAACAAGGGUUGGAAAAUUAAUCCCGAAAACAUCACUUCUUGAUAAGGAUAAAACUUGCACCUGCUUGGAGGCACUGAAUGUCUGGGAAAGACAAAUAAAAGUGGUUUUAUUAUUUAACUGUACCUUCAAAAAAGGAGGAAGGAAGAAUACAAACUUUAAAUGCUUGUUACAACUAAACAACCACACCCUUUGCCCUGAAAGAAGUUUGUUCUUGGGCGGUCUCAUUAAUAAUGUUGUAAUACUAAUUUUUUCAAGUAACCAAGCAACCUAUAGCACAUGAAUUACUGCUGUUGUUAUUAUUAGCUGUGCUUUAAUAACCACUUGAAGAGGGCAUCUGAACAAUGAAAGGAAAACUAUAUUCCUUAAGUCAUAGUGCCACCAUAUGGUGUGCCUGAUACAUCAUUUCGUUUGUGUGGAGAGGAAAUUUUGUUUUCACUUAAAAGGGUGGUGGAGGGGAGAAAGGACUGUAUUGUGUCCACCAUAUAACCAGGGCUUGCAGCACCUCUCAGGUGGGUGCCAUUGCCAUUCUAAGAGAAUAAGGGAGGUAUUCGUGGUGAGUUCUGGCACCUCUUUUUCUAGAAAAAUAGCACUGCAUAUAACAAAGAUGUAAUCUGGCUAAUUUGGUAAUGCAUACACACUACAAUUCUGUAUGCCACCAUGUCCACAAUUUGGUCUGCUGAAGAGUGAUCCAUUACAAUCAGUGAUUCACAGUAAUCUGUUUUCCAGACAAUUUGUUUACUACAGUUUGGAAAACAAGCAAAAGGCCACACAGUGUGAUCAUAUGAUUUGGCUUUCCAUCAGAACAGAAAAGAAUCAAAAGCAUUUUAAUUAUUUUUUUUUCUAACCUGAUGUAACUACUUCUGUGGACACAGCCAAAGUCUUAAGUAGUAAGCAGUAUGAUUUUUUAAAGCAAUUAAGUAACUUCAACGAAUGGGAAAUGUGAUUUUUAAAAAGAGGAAUAUAUUUUCUGUUAUGAUGUUUCAGUCAGAAUUAGGAGUACUGAGUUCAUCCAAAACAUGAUGGUGUUCCCACCCAGGAUUAUUGAAAACAAUGACCAUUUUACCUCAUAUAGUCCUUUGGGUGCAGUAAUACUAAACUAACACAUGGCAGUGCAUUCUUGCUCAACAAUUAAACGUUGCACCAAACAGUUACUUUCAGCUGGGAGUAUCAUGAUGAUUGUUUGAAAAAUAUUCUGCUGCCUUUCCAAAUCUCCCCCUUUGGUCAUUUAUCAUAUUGACAUUCCUGCCCUAUUAGCACUAGCAUAUACUUGUGCAGCACUUUAACAUUACGUUACUAAUGACUGAAUUCCAACAUGUAUAUAGUUACCUUUUCCUGGCAGUUUCAGUUAUGUAAAGUGCCAAGUUACGGAGUAACCACUAUUAGAACAUGAAUCCCACACGUUUAUUGUAACACUAAUCUUAAUGUCGUGUCAGUUCUUUUCAAUGCCACAGUUAAGCUAUUGUUUAAAAAUAAGAUUUUCUGUGACUUCAGCAAACAUAUAUAUUUUUUUUAAAAUUGCACUCCUACUAGUUUUCAGUUGUAAUGUAUGUUGUUUUAUUUAUAGAAGUAAUUUCUGUUAACUACUUUAUUUACAUUAAAACUCAGUUAUCUUUGAAUUUUCAAAAUAUAAGCAGUUUCCUGUGCAGAAAAUAUUGUCACAUGCCACCCGCAAUUGCCAUAAGCAGUGUGAGAUUCCAGGAUUUGCAGGCACACUUUACCCAGGGGCUGUUUCCUUUUGGACAAUGAGGCACAGUGGAGACUGUGGUGUCUUUAUUAUAUAUGAUUUAUUUACACAUAUCAACAGCCUGACCCUUGAUGGAAUCUGGAUGGCUGUAGCAUCAGAUUCCAAAAGACCCCAAACAUUGUGUCUGACCCUCUCUGCAGCAUAAAACAGACAGCCCACCUUGUGCUCUGCACUCCCCAAAGCUUGCAAAACGGACACAACCCUAAACCAAAACUACUAUUCUUUUGUCUUACUGUCUCUCAUUUGUAGCUGACACAGCCUUUGCUUUGCUGAUGGCCAAUCUUGGGAGAGGAGCAAAGCACACUUCCCUCUCAGAAAUUGAGUACUUGCUGACCAAGAGCUAACUUUCUCUUGUACUGAAGCAUACUGCUUGCUGGCUCGUCACUGGACGCCACACUUCAAGAGAACACCAACUGCUUGCUGAGCACUCUGCAGCUGGCACACCUGCACAGGUUGGGAGUUGGUUUUCUCUUGGAUGGGUUGCAGGUUUUCUAGGCUCACAUUAGGCUGGGCGAGGCAGCUGAUUUUUGGUGUCAUAAAAGGGCAGUGAACUGUUAGUGACUUAAUGUACAGUACUCUUACUGCCAAUGUGGAGCAAAGUACUUAGAAUGUUUUUUUCUCAGGUGCCAAAAUAAUUUGAUCAGCCUUGGAAAUUUGGGUGAUGAGGGGUUCCACUAGCUGUGUCUUGAAGUUCAUGCAUAUACAUUAUGCAUCCCCUAGAAGGGGGAUGGGAAGGAGGGGGACCAAUAAUAGAAUGAACAGGCAGCAACUGUUACAAAAGAACUGUAGGCAAGAAAGGGGGAGCCUUGGAAGGCAGUAGUUGAUCUAACUCCCACCCACCCCUUUAUGUGGAAAAUGCCGGUUUGAACAUUUGGCACAGCCCUACUCAUAACACUACUGCUCUCAAAAUAAGGGUCACUGCUAAAGAUGCACACACCCUGCAGCACAUUGCUUAAGUAGUGGAGAAGGAGGAGGAGAGCCAUCAACCAAUCAUCCUUCAACCAAUCAUCCCCUUUUUGUUUUCAUAAUGUCAAGACUGUUUACUGCAGAGGUGAGGAUUUGCAUCUGGCCAGCAGGCCAAGUUCAGAAGUGGCCAACCCUUCAAGGGCCAUUCUGACUCCUGUCUCAAUGGUCUAGGCCAGGGUUACAUUCAACGACCUUUUACUCAAAGAGUAGACCCACUCAAAUUAAUGGGCGUGGCUAAUUUGGGUCCAUUAAUUUCAGUGGGUCUACUCUUAAUAAACUUUUGCGACAGCUUCUUAACAGCAUUUAUUUUAAUAACUUAAUCCGAUGGGGAUAAUUCCAAGGUUAGUGUUUAGGAUCGUGGCCUCCCUAACCAAAGCGCUGGCCCUGAUCAGGGACGCUCUCCCUGUGCAGUGCACAAGUCCCUUUUAAUAUUGUUCAUUAUUAGAGCAGUCCCUUUAAACAACGCUUCUGGCCGUUCGAGUUAAAACCAAACCCAAGAAAACGUAAUAAUUAUAUAAUCUGGUUUCCCCUCAGGAAAGAGGGAACCUCCGGGAACUGCGUCUGUCGGCCUUUUAUCGCGGCGGCAACAGCCGCUAGAGGGAGAGCGAGAGCGGCCUCCUCAGCUGACACUCCGGGCAAGCUGCUAGUCGGCCAGGGCGCGGCGGAGGAAGGCGGGGCAUGAAGGCAGACGCCUGAAGGAGACUUGCCGGCCUUCGUUGUAGCGGCCGCAGCGCCCCAGAGGGCUUGAACCCGGGACGCGGGUGCCGGGUUUCAGCGGCGACCACUCAGCACCCCAUGCGCAAGAUGCUGGCCGCGCUGUCUCGCCUGCUGCAAGGCCCGGCUGCUCACAGACCGGUGAGUGAGGCACUGGGGACGGAAGGUCGUGAGAGAAGGGCGGCGGCUUCUUCUCUAGUAUUUGGAAGCUUGCCCCCCCCCCUCCCCGCAUUGUCUCGAGGCGGAGGUGGGGGCUGUCCUCGAGCGCCUGCUGCGAAAUGACCGUUAUUUCUCUCCCUCCUCCUCUCUCGGCGGGGAGGCCUCGCGAGAGGAAUAGAGCGCGAGCCCCUUGGGACCUAGGCAGGCCUCGUGGGGAAUUCACGCGCGCGCGCGGGUCAGGUGCAGAUGGUACAAGACCCUCGUAUUUCGCAGCGAUUGCAUUUCAACGUGUGCACCUCCGGAAGCUCCUUGGGUGCCUUAUUCUUCUCUUUUUCUUAACCCCCCCCACUGUGUCCUCCAUUGCGGUGCGUGUUGUCCGUCGGGUUAUCGUGGGCCCCGCAGUAGAAUUCUGCAGCGUCUCUCCAGUUUCUAUAGGAGUAGGAGGGCUGGGGGGGGAAAACACCCACACAUCUCGCAACCAGUGCGUCUCUUUGGUUUCAGGUGAAUCUAAAAAGCCCGGGACACAAAUUUUCACUGCCCACUAGUGGCAAUGGUGGCUCAUUUACCAAAAGUAAUGUAUUCAGCCUUAAAUUUGGAAGUGUAUAUUGUAUGUACUCGAUUCUAACCAAACGAAGCUUCUUCUAUUUGUGUCCUUGGCUUUUUAGACUCCUCUACCCAUGUACUAUCUGAAACCAAAGAGGCGCAUUGGGAGCCAGAUGUGAAAUAUAUCAGCAUUAAUUUCAACUCCCCAACCCCACUAAUGUUACCUAAGCAUAGAAGACAGGUGUCUUUGCUCUUCUAUUGCCACUUAAUUCACGUGCAAAAAGAAUGAACGGGAGGAAGAACUGCCAUAAAUCAUUCUCUCUCAACCGAAACCACGUCCUCUCCUGCUGCAGCAAGUAUAUAAUACUGUACUAGACUGCACUGCAGGGCUGUUGUAAUCUCUCUCUCUCUCUCUCUCUCUCUCUCUCUCUCUCUCUCUGCUUCAGCCCCACAUGCAAUAGAGGUCUACAUUUGGACAACACUACAUGGGUGUCUAAGACUGCUUAAAGCUGGGUCCUUGAGAGCAUGGCUUUCAAAAGCCACACUCAACCAUAGCCCUUUUCUAUCUGCAGUAUGGGGCAAGGAACUGUAUUUAUUGUUGCACACCACCCCAAUCUCUGAGCGGUGUGAGGUUCCAGGCUCUUACCCAUGAGGGAUAGCAGACUGAGGUGUAUUUAUGAUAGAUGGUUUAUUUACACAUAUAUACAUCCUAAGCCUAUGAUGGAGGGGUUGACAGCAUUAACACCCAUAGCCCAUAGCCACAGCCUUGAAAUCAAGCAUGUGUCUUUCUCUCAAAGGUUUCAGUCUGCUUCUUCCCCCUGCUUCUAGCUUGCACACACAACUCAGCUCUGGCUUUUGUCUUUUUCUAGGGCACUAUCAGUGAAUUGAGAGAAAUUGAUACACUGGUGCUUAAUUCCAGCUACGUUAAAAUCUUGGAUUUCUCCAUUAAUUUAUAUGAGGACAUAAUAGGACUUAUUUACUGCUCCUUUGCUGCAUGUCUCUCUAAUACAGUACUCUUGCUGUCAUCCAGCCUCACAGCUCACUAGAAUGCCAGGCAAUAUUGUGGGCUCCAUACUACUGGAGAGGGCACUCAGGCGUGCUCUUAUCCCAGCCCUUCUCUUGUCAUUCCACACUGAGGUGAGAGCCUCAACAGGAUCACCUACUCUAUCCAUUAGGAAGUCCCCUAAAGCAUUCAGGAAUCUUAUCAGUAUCCAUAAGCCUCCAUAAGCCUCUGUGAUUCCCCCACCACUGCAAUGGGAAAUAGCUGCUCUGACACACACACAACCCACACACAUUUUCAGACCACCCCUCACCCACUUAGGACAAAAAUCAAGUCAAGGGUAUAUCCUGCUGUGCGUGUCAAGCUGGUAACAAGCUGAUACAGUCCCUGGAAGUUAUGAAAUCUGAGCUGGUCCCAGACUAGCCUCAGCAUGGAUGUUGAAGUCAAUCAGGAUCAUGGUUUGCUCAAGAGUACCUUUGUCAGGGAGGCUUUCCUUUUCUAUCUCAGUUCCUUUACAAUUCACUGUAAACCUCUACCUACUUAGCUAGGAGCAAGUGCCAUUGAAGUUUCCGACUAAGCACGUAAUAUUUAUAAUUCACUUUCCCCACCCAUAAUACAGAAGACAAGAUAAUCUAAUUAUUUUACUGUACUUGUGAGCUUUGGCAUACCAUAACGUAACAAUCAGGCCAAUCAUUGCACUUACUUACAGAUGUGCAAUUUGCACAUGUAACACGAUGAGAAUAGGUACUCAAAUAGUGCUCAACAUUUUUAUACAUGUGCAAUCUGGUUGGGUUUUCUUUCCUGCCAGAAGUUUACAAUGGGGUUUUGCUUUGAAUCAUGCACAUUCUAGAUGUCAGUUUUAUACUUGGCAACAAGUUUUAAACUACGUAAAGGUUACAAAGGAAUUUUUCCUUAGAUUCCUUUAUCUUCUAGCAGCCCAACAUGUGGAAGCUUUGGCUAAAGGAUACGUCACACAUCAUGACUUACUUGCACAAGAUGCAUUUCUGUGUUGUAGUUUGCUUGUAAUGUAGAUGAUCACAAAGACAGACAGUAUUGCAGAGGUGUUGUAUGCACUUAUAUAUAAGCGACACCUCUUAUUGCUUUAAAAGUAUUGGCCUUUAUUCUGUUGAACUGGCAUACUACAAAAUUAGAUUAACAUUUUCAAGUCUGUUUUUCAAUCUGUUUCACAUAGAGAAGAAGCUGAAUAAAAGUAAAUAGGCCUAAUUAAAAAUAAGAAUUAAAAUUUGAUGCUCCUAAUUGGUUCAUGGGGAAUAUUUUCCCCAAGAUUUGUGAUAGUAUCUGACAUAAUUUUCUGUUUUGUUUCCCCACCCACCCCAAUUCUGCUGCUCUAGGGAGCUGUUAGUGAGGUAAGACCCACACGAUUAUAUUAAUUGUAUGUUCUUUCUGCAUUUUAACUGACAACAUGUACAUAAUUUGAUAAAGAAAAAAAAGUUCUGCCUGUCAUUCUGACUGGUUUUCUUUUUGUGUUCAGAUGCAACACUAAUCCAAGAAGCAUUGUUUAUCUAUAAGCAGCUUAUACACUUACAAAUAUAUUUACAUAUUUGUAUAUGGUGCUGUUGGACUUCCUCCUGCAGUCAGUCCAGCUAGUGUGACCCGUGGUUGGGAAUGGUGGGAGCUGUUGUCAAAACAACCUCUGGAGGGCCACAGAUUCUUAUCCCUGUAAUAAAGUUUUUUACUGCAUCUCCAUAUUAUUAAUUCUUUAGAGGGGACAGUGGUGGAGUGGGGAAUAAGAUAAACAAACAAUAAACAAACCACCUACAUUUAGUGUAGGAAGUGUUAACUUGAUAUGGCAUUUCUGUUAUCCACUGCUGAAUUGUUCAGUGAUGAUUUUUUCUUAAUUAUUCUUUAACUGUUUUUGUUUCAACAUUAGGCUAUUGUGAAGUGUGUUAUAGCUUUAUACCAUCCUGGAAUGAAUGGUGGUUAAGAACCGUAAUAAUACUAGUUAUAUUCUAGUGCAUGCAGCUUGAGCAUUUCCUCUUCUUGAGUGGGGACAAAUCAUAAAGCAUAGUUUCUUUUUUUUCUUUCUUUUUUUAAAAAAUGAUAUUUAUUGAGAAUUUAAAAUUACAAAGAAAGAAAGCAAAAAACAAGAGAAAAAGAAAAAGAAAGAAAAAGAUAGACAAAAAUAACAAUUGAACAAUACAAGUCAAUAAAAACCAAAGUCAAAGGAAAAAAACAAAACAAAACACACAAUACAUCAAAAUCAAAAAACAAAAAUAAACAAAAAAUUUAAAAACAAAUCCAAUAUUCCCAAAUCCUUGUUUUCCAUUAACUUAUUUCAUCGACCUCCUCACACCUCCCUUUUUUGUAUUCUAGUUAUUAAUUAUCUCAGCAAAUCCUUUCCAUUUUUCACAAUAUUCUGUCAUUAAAUUACCUUAAUCUAUUUUAACCUUAUCUUACCAUAAAAAACCCUAAAGCUUAAAACUUAAGUCUUCUUUAUACCUAAUUCUUUUAAGCAUAACAUAUUCUUACAUAAUUCUUUUUAACAUUUCUACUAAAGCCAAAUAAUUUCAUUCCAACAUUUUCUAGUAAUCAUUAAUUUUACGAUAAUUUUCUAAAUAAAUUUUUAAAACUUUCUUCCAAUCUUCAUCCAUCGUCUCUUCUUCCUGGUCUCGGGUUUUGUCAGUCCUUUCUAUCCCAUCCAUCUAGUCCAUCAACCUGGUGACCUUCUAUCCGAGGCUCUUAAGUCUUUUCCAUGUCCCUUCCACAGAUCUUCUUCAUGUUUGUACCUGUACUUUACUUUGUCUUCUGCUGAUCUUAUUCUUAAUUUCCUUCCUUUCUCUCGGGGAGACUCCAACUUGACAAUAUCUUUGUCGCUUCUCGACAAGUCAGCCCAUUCUCCAUAGUCGACACUGAAAUCCAUAUGAUAUUUAGAGGCAUGUUUCAAAGUCCCUCCAAAGUUAAGGGCCCCCACAACUCCCAACUCCCCCUGGCCCAAAGCCAAACCCGAAAGGUCAUAACAUCCCUGCAUAGGGGAAUCUAUCCAACCUCCCAUCUCCAAGCCAAACAGAACUCCAUCUCUCCAAAUCUGGCUUUCUCCAGAUUCAUUCGUCAGAUCCAACAACUUAUGUUCCUGCAGGGCCACAGCUCUCUCCAUUUCUGCCACUUGAGGUUCAGGAACAACCUCCUCCUUUAUCUUCUUCACCACUUGAUCUGUCAAAGCACAUUCCUGAAUUAAUUCCUGAGUGGGUUCUAUAUAGGUAUUCACUGUUUGUCCAAAAUUUCCGACUGCAACAGUCAUCAAAUCCAUCUUCUCAUGUAGCUGUUCCAGUAAAGCACUUGUCUUGCAAAGAGCAAGCACUAACGCUUGUUCUAGGCACAUUCUUGUUCAAGGUCAAAGUCUGGUCCCACGAUCUUUAAUCUCUACAGCUGCAAAGCUCCCCAGAUCGACUCUAAUAACAGUUUCACAAGCUCCCUCUAGGGGAAACAAUUUCUAUUUGUAUCCGUCUUUUUAAAAGCAGAUCUAGCAACAAAGUUCCUUUCCUUUUUCAGAUAUUUUGUUUCUUUUAAAUGCAAGAGGGAACAUUGGAAUCAAUAUGUUUCUCUUUUUUUACUAUCUUUCAAAAAGUUUUGUCCUCAAUCAAUGAACUUCACCCAAGCGUCUGUCGUGAAACCCCACUCCAAGGUUCAAGACGGUGGAAAUUUAUCUUUCUUUACUCUCUCUUCUGCAGGUUUAAACAGUCUAAAAGAUUCCCCCUCUUCUCCUGCUUCCAAGGGGUUUAGUAAUUUUAAAUGAUGGAAAUUUAAUCCUUUACAGACGACUUUCCAGACUCUAGCUUGCAAUGUCUUUGCUUCAAUCUAUUUACAAAAGCGGAAGGCGGACUUCCUGUUUAGACCUUCCCGCUUCGGUACCAAAUUAAGAAAUUUCAUAGUCCAAUUUUCCGUUCUACUCACAAGCAGUUGUUUAAAAUCCAAUUGUCCACAGGAAAAAGUCAGCGCUCUCCAGCAACAGCAGUGCGGCUUUACUCUGUGAAAAAAGCAGUCGAUUUGAAGCACCGCGCCAUUCACCCCACGUCGCUCCGGAUCCCCGAAACCGGGUUUCCCCAUGAGUAGGGGAGGCGCGAAAGGUGCCAGCCGAAUCCCACAUCCACAGGCUUCUCCUGCCUGUGGUUUUUAAUGGGUCUCCGUCUCGCCGCGGCGGUCCAGACCCUAAUUCUCAUGAAGCGGAUUCCUCCCGAUCAGAGGAAAUCCGCCAUUGCCAGAGGCGCUAACCCGGAAGUCCAUAAAGCAUAGUUUCAAACCAGCACUUAUUACUCUCUGCAAGUCAGAAUCAAAAAGCAAGAUUUCUUUUUGGCUUAGGAGAAAUAAAUCAUGAAUGCUAGUUUAGACAUAAUGCUGUGCCAGCUGGACACUGCCUCACAUUGCAUAAAUGUCACUUUAUAUUUUAAAAAAGAAAGUUCUUUCCCUACCACAGAGGAAAACCUUAAGAAUGGCUACCAUAGAAACUAAUCGGGGAUUGUUAAAAUAUACAAGCAGUAUAUAAGCAAUCCUGUAGCUAUUAAAUAUUUCUGGUUAGCCUAGUGAAAAAGGUCCUAGACUUCAUGAAAUCAUAAAGCAAUAUUUUUUUUCUCACUCUACACAAGGUGUUGCGACCUCCCUUAAAUUCCUCAUAAUGGUUCCUGUAGUCAUAUGUUCUGCUGUCAUUUAGUUAUGGCUCUGUAAAAGGGGUGGCUAAACUGCGGCUGUCCAUAUGUUAUUGAGACUCAGUUCCCAUGAGCCAGCAUGGGCAAUCAGUGAGGUUAGGAAUAAUAGUCCAGUGGUAUCUAGAGGGCUGCAUGGUAGUGACCCCUGCUGUACAACUGAUUGUAAAAAACUCUACUCUCUGCCUAUCCUGUGUGGACAUUACAUGGCAUGAGGAUCACUGCCAAUUAUUGUUUGCAUUUAUAUGUUGUAACACAGCUAUGAUUGGUGGGAGCACUGGUGAUAAUAUAUAUUUCAUAGUUCCCUAAAUUCUGUACAAUAUUUAAAGAAGGGAAGAAUAUUUCCUAUUCUAGCGUGUCCAGCUUUGUUCCUUAAUUCUUCUUUCCUCCCAUACCAAUUAUGCAAAUAGAACAGUGACACUACUGCUAUAAUAUACCUAGUAAACAGUGCUUGUUUGCUACUAUGAUAUGCCUCUCCUAUUUCAAAUUCCCCCAGGCCCCUGCAUUUUCCUAGUCCAAUUUUUCCUCUGUGUCUAUCCUCAUGCUUUUUCUAUUCAUCUUUGAUUCCUUGUGAUUAGUUCCUUCCUUUAAUUUUGAAUUAUGGUUAGUUUAGUAUUGUAUUUAGACAGUUAUGUGAACAUCUUUCAACAGAAAUCUGUGUGAAAUGUGGUAUACUGUAUAAAUGAACUGACUACGACAAUGUCCUAAUAUACAAAAAAUACUUACCGCAACCUAAAUACUGUAGUGCAGUUGCCUGCAGAUUGAAUUUCCUAAACAUGCACUUAAAGCACAAAAGCCAACACAUUUAAUUAUUUACCCUUACAGUGGUACCUCAGGUUACAUACGCUUCAGGUUACAUACGCUUCAGGUUACAGACUCCACUAACCCAGAAAUAGUACCUUGGGUUAAGAACUUUGCUUCAGGAUGAGAACAGAAAUUGUGCUCUGGUGGUGCGGUGGCAGCAGGAGGCCCCAUUAGCUAAAGUGGUGCUUCAGGUUAAGAACAGUUUCAGGUUAAGAACAGACCUCUGGAACGAAUUAAGUACUUAACCCGAGGUACCACUGUAUUUUAUUUGUGACACGUUUAGUUCUCCCUUUAUGGAGGUCUAGUUAGCUUAUGUUUUUUUUCCCCGCCCUCCCAUGUGAAUCUCACCAAAAGAUUAAACUGACUGAUGGAGACUAGUCCAAGAUUACCCAGGGCACUUUAUGGCUGAGUGGAAAUUUAAAUCCAGGUUUCCCCAGUUUUAGUCCAACACUCACCACUACACCACCAGUACUCUCACACAACAUCAGCUGGGGUUUAUUAAUAAAUUACCUAUGUUGAGUACGCAUCUUGUCAUAUGAUGACCAGUGUAAUUGGUUUAGUGACCAGUUCUUUCUACCCUGCUCCAGCACCAUAUACAGCAGGGGUGACUAACCCCUGGAGGGUUCUUUUGUGGACUCGGUUUGUCUUUGAAAAAAGAAAUUAAAAACCUCUCUGCUUCUAUGAGUGUGCUCUGUGGUGCCAAAGGGUAUUUUUGUGGCUGUCCAAGGCCCCCAAUUGGUUCAUUUUAAAAGAAAGAUUAUUUAAAUAUAAAUUAAGGGUGGGUUGUUUUUUUUUACAUUUUUUAAAUUAACAGUACCUACAAGUACCACUAUGUGCCAAAAGGAUCCACUAAAAUCCAUAUUUUCUUCUUUGUCUUUUAAAAUUAAAUUUACCGUGCCCACUUUGACAUGUAGGCUCUGAAGGGCUGACUACGAGUCAGUGCUGCCCUUGUCCUGAAAAAGAUUUGCUGUCCUUGUUAUUCCACUUUUCUCCCUUAACCAUAAGUCCUCUCUCUUUCCUGCCCACUUCUUUAAAAAGCUCAAGCGAGGCGUGUGACUUAUUCCUCUGGCAGUGUGUUGCACAGGAUGUUAUUCUCUCUUCUGCAUUAAGGGUUGCCAGAUUUUUAUUUGAAUCUGAGCACUGAAACACUGGCGUUUGAACUAAGUAACAUCGUUUUUUAAAUGUGAUAAUGAUCUAGCAUAAUGGAACAAACAGAUGGGAAAUUUUGGGCAGAGCAUGGAUUAGGCAGAGAAUGUUUUCUUUGUCGGGAAAGGAUCAAAGGGGUUGGGCUUUCACCCUGCUUGCUCAGACUUUUGCAUCAUGGCCAGCAGAUCAUACGGUGUUUGUGCACCUGUGCCCAUGUGUGGAGUGAGGUCACAGAGCAGCUUGUUUGAACCUUAGCUGUUCAGUGGUUGUAAGCAUACAUGUUUAAACUAUUAUACAGUUUUAGAAGUGGGACAAGAUCAUACAGGAUGAUACUUUGUGUGUAAUUACUUUGCGUGUAGAAACAUUGUUUCUGGAGGAUACAUUGCAGUCUGCAAUCAUGUCAAAUGUGUUGUAUGUUGAAGUUGGAAUCUUCUCUAUCUUGUGAAGGCAUGAACAUCUUUAAAAAACAAAAGUGCCUUAAACUAACAGCCAUCUUUUUAUUAUAUCUAAAAGGUUGCCCGUGUAGUUGUUGCAUCUCGUAAUUAUGCAGAUUUUGCAAGUGAGGCUACAUUUGAAAUUAAGGUAAGCAGCUUGAUUACUUUAAAAAAUGCUAAUGUAUAUCGUGUUUCUUACAUAAUUUAUAAUUUAUAAGUCAGUUUAUAAGACUGGGGGAUGUGGACAAGGUGCUCGUUCAGGGUGACCACUUAUGCUCUGGACCCUAGCCCCUCGUGGCUGAUAAAAACUAGCAGGGAAAGGACAUCUGGCUGGGCUAAGGAGGCAAGACUUCCCCAGUCCCUAAUUUUCUUAUACUGUAAAUAUAUAAAUUGUAGAUCGCCAGUCUUUUUCGACCCAUGGACGCAUUUUGAUUUUAGAGUGAGUGCUAGAGACACCCCUCUGCUUUCCCCAGCAGUCACUACUUUCCAUCAAAUACACACACAAACACAUACAUGUACAAAGAAAGAAUGAAUAGCACACAUUUACAGUUCGUCUUUCCAGGGGAUCUGUGUAAAAGUUAGAUCCAAGAUAAUUAAUCUGAGGUCUGAAAAGCGCAUAAAGCUGAAAGAGGAAAUGGAAAAGUACAUCACUCUUCCACUUCCUGCUUCAGCUCUGUAUACUUUUCAAAGGAGCAAAAGUUAACCACUCUCAUUGGAUGCCAAGGAAAUACCUCAAAGGCUUCAUGGUGCCCGCAGGAUCAAUACCCAUUUUUUAUUGCACAGAUUUUAAUUACAUCUAAAACAAGUAGUUAUUGCCAUACUUUGCUAAUACCAAAAAUUAAUUACAUAUUUUGUAAGGAAAUAGUUUCUGUGGUCUGGCCUGUUUUAUCAGUUUCUUGGAUGAUACUCAGUUCUGUCCCGUGUCAGCAAGAUUUCCCUUGGUUUAUCCACCUGUUCCACCUCCUGCAUAGGUUUAUAAAUCUUUGUCGUGUCCCCCAUUAAGUCUCCUGCUCCCCUGAGCAGAAGAGACCUAAAUAUUUUGCCCUUUCCUUGAAGGUACUCUGAUCCUAAAAACAGAUUAGGAUUGCCCUGCUUAUCAAGCAUCCUAAGAGAAUUGGAGGUCCCAGUCAAUGAAGUUACUAGCUUUUACCAUGGUGGUUCCAGAGCACCUACCAACUAUGUCUUUGUGAUACUUUCAUACUAGAGCCUUGGCCACAUGGGCACAGUAGGCAAAGGCAGGGAAAAUAUGGAGUAGUAUUAGCUAAGAAAGUGUUACUCUGAUUUUCUUCAGGACUAGUCUGCAACCAGUAAGAUUAAAUAAUCAUUUUGAUAUGGGGGGAAAACCCCUGACUUUUUUAUCUUAUUUCCCCCAGAAACAUGAUCUCCAUCGCUUGGAGGAAGGACCGCCCACCACCGCUGUUAUGACUCGAGAGCAGGGUCUGCAAUAUUACAAAACUAUGCAGACUAUUCGACGCAUGGAAUUGAAAGCAGACCAGUUGUAUAAACAGAAAAUUAUUCGAGGCUUUUGUCAUUUAUAUGAUGGCCAGGUAUGUGCCUAAGAGACUUUAUGCUCAAGACCUCUAGGUUUUUUGUCGUCUUCUUCAUUUUAAUGAAGGCUUUUAUAGGGCAGGGUGUGCAUGAAGAAAUUGCAUGUCUCCACUCUCCCAUACAGAGAAUUAAAAGUACUUGCAAAAACUGAGAAUGAAGAGGUCUAGCCCUUCCAUCAUGGCAGCUGCAUUUCUAGUUCCUCCCAUGCUAGUACUUUGUGGAUCCUCACAGAAUAUUGAUGAAGUUUCCUUCAAAAGAAUUCCAGCAAUUGUAGCCCUGUCAAGUUACACCUACGUCUAAAAGAAUUAGACCAGAUCACAUUGUGACCCAGCUGUAGGUGUGCCUGUGGUCCUCCAGAUGUGACUACCAUGUUUGACCAUUGUUCUUUCUGGCCUGGACUAAUGGGAGUUGGACUAAAACAAAACCUGAAGAGCCAUGGGUUUUCCACAGAGCUAUAGUUUUUCUUUCUGGUGUUUUCUUGCUCUCCUUUUGUACCUCUACAGGGGACCAGAUAUUAGCACUAAAAAGAUUAAAUAACUGGCUGAACUGGGUCAGUUGUUAGGUUUUAAUUAAGUAAGUAAGCAUAUGUAUACGUCUGUUCUCCUGAUUUGUAUUGCUUUUGACCAUAGACAUAGCAGAUGUAAUUAGGAAUAGUACAAAACUAUAUUUCAUAUCGUAUCAGCUUGCUGUUUAAGAGUAGUGUAUACCAAACUCUUCUCCAUCUGUUGGAACUAAAGUUAGAACCAAAGUGAAUGAUUAAUCUGUGUAUUAAGCUAUAUUCGGUAGUUUGUUCACAGCAAUAGUAAUGAGCAAAGGAACACCUGCUGUUCUUUGAAAGCUCUACACCUGCCAUGUUAUAUGAAGAGCCUCUCUGCACACACACACACCCAUCUCCCCAAGAAGGGCCAGGUAGGAUAGGAACUGGCUGAGCCUUGCCAGUGAUGCUUCCCUAGUCUUUCUCAAGGGAAGGCCUCCAGGCAGUGGUAUCCAACCCCCAACCAUCUUUCCUGCUCUGGUGGAAAUAUUUCCUGGACAGUGUUUCAUAAUAUCAUGCACAGACACUUAAAUAUCACUCUAUUUUCAUAUUCUCCACUAAAACCUGAAGAUCCUUCAUUGCCAGCAUUUGACUAUGGCAUCAUGUAAUAUAUUAUGCAUAUGUUGUUGUGACAGUAAUCUUCCCUAGAUAGUCUGUUUCUGUUUCUUCGGUUCCUGAACUGUGGUGGAGAUGCAGGUACAAAGUUGGUAUACCGUUCUUCAUUUUAUUUCUUACCUGUGGACAAUGGCACAUUGUACACUGUUUUCAGGCAUGUUUUCUUUACCAUAGGAAGCUUGCUGUGUUGGAAUUGAGGCUGGCAUAAAUCUAACAGAUCACCUGAUUACUGCCUACCGGGCUCAUGGCUUUACAUACACUCGUGGUGCUUCAGUUCGAGAAAUCCUUGCUGAACUCACAGGUUUGUGUUCAGUGAAAUGAUAUGUAAACAGGAAAAGGAAUGGGAUUAUGUAGCAUGUAUAGUGCAUAGAUGGAGGGGGGUUUAGGUUCAAUUAUCAUCUCAACAAUGAAACCUAGUAGGACUUUGCAGAAUUGCAACACACCUAUUCUACUCUUCCUCCAAGGAGCAAUACGCUGGUUCAUACCUGCAUGUACAGCUUUUGUUUCUCUACACUUGAUUCAAAUUUACCAGUGCACUAAAUUCUUGUGCUGGGAUGCCUACCAUAUAUCAGCAUGUGCUGUAAAUGUGUCCCCUCCUAAGAACAUGAGUUUUGAUGAAACUCUAACCUUUAUUAUUCUGAAAUCAUCUUAAAAUCCAUCCAAUUAGUGAGUUUGAGGUCCGGGGGGGGGGGGCACUUCAUCUUAAUCUUAUUGACUUAGUAGAACCAGAUCACAUGGUAAAGAUCCAUUUUUAAUCAUUUCAGGUCGGGUAGGUGGGUGCGCUAAAGGCAAAGGAGGCUCAAUGCAUAUGUAUGCCAAAAACUUCUAUGGUGGUAACGGUAUUGUUGGAGCCCAGGUAAGGCUCACCGAUAAAAACAAUAUUUUUCUUUGGGAAGAGACUAUAUGUUGCUUUUAAUCUGGGCCAUAACCUAAUUCAUAUAUAGUUAGGUGUGUUAGCCCAGUGAUUUUAGUGGACUUAAAUAUGUCCAGUCUAUGCUGGAUGCCCACUUCUGGCUCUAGUAUUUCUUCCAUGUAAAUCUAACACACCCCAAAUUUCAUCCAUUCCUGGAUAGAACUAAUUAGCUAGGCCCAUUGCAGCUUGGCAUCUAGCCUGAGAUAAAAACUGAAAAAGGCUUGGUAGUCUUGAUGAAUGAUUUUCAGCAGGAGAAAGUCAGGUGAAUGGGUGGGUAUUUUUAUACCGUUGAGCACAGUAUGCUUCCAUAUUAAGUGCCAGGAAUGAGAACUGGAAUCGUAGUGUUUCUGUUCUCAAGUGCUAUCUUAUCAUAGUUCAUUAUUGUUGGCUGCUGGUCAUUAUCUUUGUUUGUUUUGACUACCUUUGCAUGUUGCAAUUCAUUGUAGGUUCCUUUAGGAGCUGGCAUUGCUUUAGCAUGCAAGUACUUUGGCAAAGAUGAGAUUUGCCUGACGUUGUAUGGUGAUGGUGCUGCCAAUCAGGUAAGCGUCAAGCUUUACUCUGUAGUUAGAAGUUAAUUAAGAGUCACAUACAGUGGUGCCUCGCAAGACGAAAUUAAUCCGUUCCGCGAGUCUCUUCAUCUUGCGGUUUCUUCGUCUUGCGAAGCACGGCUAUUAGCGGCUUAGCGGCUAUUAACGGCUUAGCGGCUAUUAACCACUUAGCGGCUUUAAGAAAAAGGAAACAAACUCGCAAGAACUCGCAAGACGUUUCGUCUUGCAAAGCAAGCCCAUAGGGAAAUUCGUCUUGCGGAACGACUCAAAAAACGGAAAACUCUUUCAUCUAGCGAGUUUUUCGUCUUGCGAGGCAUUCGUCUUGCGGGGCACCACUGUAAGCGGAAAGGAGAUGUAAAUGCUAUGGAUCAUGCGUGAUAAGUCCAGUUUUGUUCAAAGUGAAAUGAAACUGCCCAAGUUGUUCUCCCUGCUAUCUGGGGGGGAAAGAGGAAAGCAGAAGGCCAAGGCUCACCAGUUCGUUCCUGCUUGUACAUACAGUCAUGGUCUAGUGAACACAACCACAGUAUGUGUAAUUCAAGGCUGAUGGCCACAUGAGAGAACUGAAAGUGUACCAAACCUUUUAUUCUUCUAGGGCCAGAUAUUUGAAACGUAUAACAUGGCAGCCUUGUGGAAGUUGCCAUGUAUUUUUGUCUGCGAGAACAACAGAUAUGGAAUGGGUACUUCCGUAGAGAGAGCUGCAGCCAGUACAGACUACUAUAAGAGAGGAGACUAUAUUCCCGGGAUUAGGGUAAGAACAUUUUUAAUAGGAAUGUGAAAGUUAUACUAUGUCCAUUCAAGGAAUUCAACUUUAUUCUUAAAUGUAAUUGGCUUUUUUAUUUUAUUUUUAAUCAACAGGUUGAUGGCAUGGAUGUUCUUGCUGUAAGGGAAGCAACAAAAUUUGCUGCUGACCACUGCAGAUCAGGAAAAGUAAGUUAUACUUUGUGUGUGUGGCAGGCCGCUCCUGCUUUACAAAUUAUUUAAGUAUAGCUGAGGUUUCCAAGUUGGAAAUAUUGCUAUUUGAAUUCACAAAAUGUAUACCCAAAACACAAGGUUUAGAAGCUUCUCCAUAAUUACCUUGGAACCUCAAAGCAACCUUCCAAAAAAGCCCAGUGUUUAUUGGGUUGAUAAUGGAAUAGGAAACAGAUAGUGUUUCAGUCUGUGGCCCUCUGAAGCAAGCUGAUCUUAAACAGCAGCCCUAAAAUGUAUGCACACAGUUGAUUCAGAUUAGUUGUCAUGACGUCUUAUCAGCAAUUUUUUGUCACUAUUUUAAAGUUAUUAACACCUCUGAAUUUUAAUUUUGUCAGGGUCCUGUUGUGAUGGAGCUACAGACAUAUCGUUAUCAUGGACAUAGCAUGAGUGAUCCUGGAGUCAGGUAUUUCUCUCUGCAUUACAAACGGUUCCUCUCUAGAUAGUAUGGGGGAAAUAGCUGUAUGUUCAAAUGUCCCCUCGUUUUCUGUCUAUGUCAUCUACAUUUUCAAUUAGUAGAUCAGUAGUCUCCUCUUAUCUCCCUAUUAUUGGCUUUUUAACAAAUAUCAAGGGCAUGUUGGCCCUUUGUGGCUAGUUUUAUUAUUUAUUCAAAGCAAUAUCUGAAGAAUGGCUGACUGUACAGGUAACAACAAAUCUUUAUCUCCUGUUGAGAGGAAGUGUAAACUUUGGACUUAUACCCUUGCUUUCUUGGAUAGCUAUAGCCUGCAAACCAUGUAUUUUGGUGUGUGUCUUUCACAAUGGCAAGCUUUGCUUCUGGUUUAGGAUUCUAGUUUGUGUGUGAACUGGUUUGUUGCUAUGCAAGAGGUUGCACAAAGGGAAAAAGAAGAUGGAGCAUAUAAGCCCUCAGCUUGUGCCUGGUUAUACUAAUAAUAGCAAACUAUGAUUUGCUAUUACAUCUGAAUACAACCAAAAAAAAAUGAUAGUAUCCAAAUUUUAUGAGGCAAAUGUGAAAAAUACCCAAGAAACUUGAUUGUUUCCAUUAUCUUGCUUUUAUUUUUGUGUGCUUCAUUAUGGUUAACAGCUACCUACAGGAACAUAGAUACCUGGCUAACACUGAGGCAGGGCAUUGGUUCCAUCUAGCUCCAUAGUGGCUGCACUGGCUGGCAGCACCUCCCCAGAUUUUCAGGUGCGUCUCUCCCAGCUCUACAAGGCUAUGCUGGGUAGUGAACCUGUGACCUUGUGCAUGUAAAGUAGAUGUGCUACCAUUCAGUUACAGCGCUUUCCUAAAGGGGGCCUAAAAAACUAAAACUGCAAGCUGGUAUGAUAUGCAAUUUAAUGUAGGCAAAUAACUGGCUAAUAGGUUUUAAUUAAGCAUAUGCUUAAUUUUGUUCUAUUCCUAAUUACAUCUGCUAUGCCCAUUUCCCUUUUUUUGUAUUGCUUUUAAGACUUCACAGUAUGUUUGAAUGAAGGUGAAAACUCUUAAACUCAACUUUAUAAAUAUAAAUGCAUGUUAUAAAAUAGUACAUAGAAAAUAUAUUUAAGAGUAGCAGUACAUAAGGACUGUUUGUUUAAUUGAUAUACUGUGUUUCCAAAAUAGUUUGCCAUGAAAUGAAAUUUGCCUAAAGUCUCUCAUGAGUAGCAAGUACUCACUGAAAGAGGAGCUGCUUCCUCUCCCUCCCUCCCCCACAAUCAGGAGGGAGAGCUGGUGGUCCUACCCCACAUCUGUGUAUCAUGUGUGAUAGCAGUAAAUGCACUUGGUCCUAAGGAGAACUAUCUGCUGUUAGUAGAGCCCUGCCCAGAGCUGUGAUGCAGAGGUACAAGGAGUAUGUUCUUUGAAGGUUGAGAGUUCUUACUCAGUAUUUGAUUUUUAGAGUGAAAUGUGCAUUUAAUUUUUGGUUCUGGAAAAAGUAUACUGAAACAGUAAUAUAUUUUUGAAAUGCUUAGGCCACUACACGCUACCAGCUCAUAUGCCUAUUUUACCUUGUGGCUUCCUCCCCUCAUUGAAAAAAUAUAGCCAAGAGGACCAGUCUGCUUUGGUGAUUAGCAGAUGUAAAAACUGCUCCUGAAAGCUCUCCUCUAUUACUUGUCAUGCUUGUUAGAGAGUACAUGACUUGCCUCUGUAUACUGUUGCAAUAAGAGUACCAGUGCUUCGCAGAAACAGUUAUUGCAAACAGUUCAGCAGUCUGUUACAUUGUCUCGUCUUUUUUUACAGUUACCGAACGAGAGAAGAAAUUCAAGAAGUGAGAAGCAAAAGUGAUCCCAUUACACUUCUGAAGGACAGAAUGGUGAACAACAACUUGGCUAGUGUGGAAGAGCUAAAGGUAAUAAACCUAAAUUUCAAAUUUGAUGAAAAUCAUUUUACAAAAGUAGAUCAAUAGGAAGUCUUCACCUCAAAUCAGUUACAGCAAGCCAGAAUUGGUAUAGGAUAUAUCCUGUGGGGCAGUGUUUACCAAAGGGUACAUGGCAGAAUUUUUAAUUUUACCUAAUCAUUAUUCUUUUAGCUAUAGAAAACAAUUUAAAGAUUAAAUAGUUUUAUUUAAACUACCAAAUUAUCUUCAACUGAGAAGGGGGUCUAUGAUUAUUGUAAAUUUGGGAAACACUAAUAUUUUGGUAUAGGGGCCUAUAUUGCCUAGUUACGGUAAACAUGGCAGUUUCCUCAGGGAAUGACAUUUGCACAGCCAUUGCCUUCUCAUAUUUAUAACCCGACUUUCUGAGGAGUCCUGGUAUCUGGUAAAUGGGAUUUGUCACAGUUGGCCCUUCCAUUGACCCUGCCGGUUUAGGUUGAGGAAAAUUUUGAAUUGGAAUUCUGCUCGUCACUACAGCUGAAAUCAUUUCCUGCAGGAACAGGGUUAGUGGAUUUGCUAGGAGAGUCCCAGGUCUGUUGCCAAAGUGGAAAUAGUGAGGAUCAUUGAUGAGCAUGAUUGGUCAUACAUCUCUGUCAGCAUGGGAGACGUGUUCUGCUCUGGAGUGAAGCAGCUGUUAACACACCUUCAUCUAAUCUAUAGCUUAUGAAAACAUGCCAUGUCCUGCCACAGUUGGUAACUUGUAAGUUAUUCUAGUAGUUUGCUGGCUAGUUGUUCAAGUAUAAAAAGGUAAAAUGUUCCAUGUGCAGCAUACAUGUGAGAACUGCUUAUCAGGAUUUCAUCUUAGGGAGGGCAGAAACUCUUAACAGCAACUGUGGCUUAAAUGUUUCCGGAUUUACUUUGAACCCCAGCAUGUACUACAGAGGUAAAUAGUUUUAUAAUGUUUGACCUAUUUGGAAUCUGUGGAGUCUUUUGUUUCCAUUGACAAUUUUUUCCCUUCUCAUACAGGAAAUAGAUGUGGAAGUAAGGAAAGAGAUUGAAGACGCAGCGCAGUUUGCCACCACUGAUCCUGAACCACCUCUGGAUGAACUAGGCAAUUAUAUCUACUAUAAGGAGCCACCCUUUGAGGUGCGUGGCCCAAAUCAGUGGAUUAGAUAUAAAUCUGUGGGCUAAGUGAAUGUCACUCCAGCAACCAGUUAAAUUAAUGCAUUUUAUACUGGGCUUUAAUUCUUUUAUCUGCUCUAAGAAAUGAGGGCAAAACAAUUUCUCAUGUAUAUGGGGAAAAUUCAUUUGGCAGCAAAAUAGCCAUUGUAUGAGACACAGCAUUAUAUAGUGUGGAAUUCUAAAAAACAGCUGCUCAGAAAAGGUCAAUAAGCAUUGUUUAUUAAUUUAUAUAUAAGCUUCAUUGUGUUCUGGAUUGCUGUAUUUAUGAAAGUUAUUUAGCUGAAACCUCUUAACGUACAGUAAAAAAAAGGCAUAUUAAAAACUUCCUGAGCAGAUAUUUCCCAUGAGCUUUUUGUAUGUUUUUGUAUUUGCAUCCCCCCAUCCCAAAUGAUUUUGCAACGAAAAGAAGCCUUUUUCAGCAUGUUUUAUUUUACCUUUUUAAUAUGCACCUAGAGUGAGUCUGUAACCCACUCUUUGCAUAGGAUCUUUGUACCAACUGGUUUUUUUAUCUUAUAAAAUUAUACAUAGUAAUAAUUUAUAUUAAAUCAGAAGGCAGCAAUUAUUGUUUUUAAAAAGCAGCUGACAUGUCUAGAACACUGUGUAUUUGAUAUUUGUGGUUAAAGUGCACAGGCUACAUUUUAGUCUAUAAGGCAAGCAGUUUCUAAGCUACUGUAUUAUUUACACAUCUGAAAAAAUACAUGAUUAAGUAUACUAGUAGAAAAGGCUAUCAUCACAUGACUUUAAUAUAACUUCAUAUAUAUAUUAGUGCAAAACCUGUAGGACCAGUAUAAACAGUAUGUACAGUAAUUAAUAACUUAGGUGGAAUGUGUGCUCUCUUCCCAUUUCAAUUUCUCAGAACUUGGCAUAAGAGUUAGGCUUCCAAUUCCAAGAGUUUAUUCAGUUUUCUGUGCUUUAAUAUUUCAUUCCAUAUUCGGCAAAGAAUACCACCACUGUAUGAGAAAAAUAAGAACAGUAAGUGUCUCAAACUCUUGUUUGGAAGUCAAACACUUCUAGAAUCAUGCAAUUUUCUUACCGGAGUCUAAGGAAUCGCAGGUCAUCUUUAGUGAUGUGGUUUAGAACAUCACUGAGUGUAUAAUCCUCUUGAACAAACUGAAAGACAAAAUUAUUUCAUUGUUUCUAAAUAUUAUUCAGAAAAUGAAUUUUGAGGGUCUUUCCCACUCUUAAUCCUUACCCUAUCAAUUGUAUCUGAAUCAGCUUUCUGUUGUUUCAACCACUUGAUCAGUUCUUGGUCUAUGCAGUGCUGAAGAGCAGAUGGAGGUGGUUGAAUUUCUGCAACAAUUCAAAGUAGGUUAAUCAGAUUCAUUCCAUUGUUACAAAUUCAAAAGCUCUACUCAAAAGUGUUGUGUGUCCCUAAAGCUCAAGCCAUUCCUAUCAACUGACCACACACAUUUAAUGUACAUUCUCAUAUCUACCAGCAGUUUUCAACUGCAGCUGAAGGAGAUGCAAGUCUUGAAUUCUUUGCUCCAGUGUUUGCCUUAGCAGUGUCUGGUAUUCUCUCUCCCUCUGUACCAGGCUCUCCAGUAACCUAUUAAAUAAAAUGGGGGUCAGACUUGGGUAUGACAUAACAUUUUCCCCUUAAAAUGUUUCAUGAUAGUUCAGUGGUACCUUGGGUUACAUACGCUUCAGGUUACAGACUCCGUUAACCCAGAAAUAGUACCUUGGGUUAAGAACUUUGCUUCAGUAUGAGAAAAUCAUGUGGUGGCAGCGCAGCAGCAGCAGGAGGCCCCAUUAGCUUAAAGUGGUGCUUCAGGUUAAGAACAGUUUCAGGUUAAGAAGAGACCUCCGGAACCAAUUAAGUACUUAACCUGAGGUACCACUGUAGUACACUUUUAAUGACAACAAAACCUAGUUCUGCAACACGAGUAUUUUGGUGAAUCUGAUACUUACAUUUUAGUUGAAGUGCAGCUUGGUAUGUCUAAAGCACAUGUAAAAGUGUCUCUCAUUGUAUGGCUUACCUCAAAACAAAUCCUACAUAUCUUUGAAUUACUGGCUACCUGGUAGCCUUGAUUUUCAAAUGCUAUCCAAUUUAGAUUUCUGUGCUGAAAUGGUUCCUAGAAUUUCUACUUAACCCCAGGCUUCAUAAUUAAAUAUUCCAGCACUAUCAGCGUGUUACUUGCUGCUGCUAUAGUGAUAGAAAACCACAAUACAGACGGUCAGGCUAUGAAAGGAAUUUUAUACACACUUUCCGUCAGUGUUGGCUAAAGUAAGUGCUGCUCUCAAAACAUACAUGUUAUAGUUCUCCCUGUAAAGGCACCCUGGAACAUUUAGGACACAUUUUACAUUUACAUUUGUAACAUGGAAAGGUAACAUUUAGUCUGAAAUAGAGACGCUGCACAUGGAGUGCUGCUCUAGGGGGUGGGGGGGAGGAAAAGACAUGAUGCAGCCCUCAGCACUAUACAAUUGGGUUUUCUAGAAGUCUAGAAGAAAUAACGUGAGUGCCAAGUUAACCCUGUAUAAACCAAGAGUAGCUAGACUGGCUACAUUUUAAAAUCUAGCCAAUAACCAAUGUAUGCUCGUCUGAUUGCCUGAAGGCGUUUUAUAAACACCAGCAAUGAUCAGUAAAAUGGCUGAAUAAGCCUGAGCACACUUUAAAGCUGUUAACCUGUUUGUUUCUUGCUUAAGCUUGCCCAACUGCAAGCUGAGCUGCUGCUGAGUAUCAGGGGUCACAGAAGACGUGAGCAUGCACACUCCAGGUGUGAGAACUGUUUCUUCGUGUCUUUUUUGCUGUGCUUGCUGGUAAUCCUCAUCUACUUCAUCUGCAUCUUUGUCAACUCCUUCAGUCUCUGAUGCUGGUUCAAAGUGAGCUCGAAGUUCUGCACAGAGCAAAAGAGAAUUGCAGAGGUCAAGCAUUUCUUACAUCUGCCACUUAAAUAUCAUCUAGUCAGCAAGCUUUUCCUGAGUAUAUAUAUCUUUUUAAAUAAAAUGCAGCUGUCCUUCCUAGUCCCAUUUCAGAAAAUACAGGUGCCUAGGGCAUUCCUUGAUUUUAAGAAAUGACAAACUAAUAAUGGGCUAAUGUGUGGCAACCUUUCAAAAUAACAAUUAGUGAGGAUUUGUAGUGAAUGUUUCUGUCCAGACUAAUAUUCACAAAUACGUUGGUCUGUAAAGCACAUUUAACAAAAAAAUUCAGUGUUCAAAAAAAUCAGAACUUGCUUUAUGAAAGAACUAGCAGCCAUUUACAAGUUUUCGCCAAGUAGAGACCGAAGUACUACUGCAGUUCCAGCACACCAGCAGUACUCACCCUGGGGCACUCAUUCCACAGGUUAGACAUUUAUUAUUGCUUUGCUCACAUCAUACCUGGAAUGAGAAUAGUGACAGCAGCUUGAACAGCACGUCGUAUUAUAUUAUCCAUAGCAAACAUCCAAUGAGGUCUGAUUAAGUGAUUCCUUAGUACUUUGUUAACCUAUAAGAAAAGUGUCAAAUAAAACAGGGUAGUAGUUUGCCUUAAGCUAUAAGCUUGUCAUUUAGAACAAGAAGUUUGGGUAAAUGUAGGAUGACAAGUCCACUUGGAUUAAGAGCUAGAACACAUAUUGGAACAUAAAAGCAGCCCUGCUGGAUCAGACCAAAGGCCCAUCUAAGCCAGUUUCCUGUUUCUCAUAGUGGCCAACCAGAUGCCUAGGGGAAGCCCCCAAGCAGGGCAUGAGGGAAGCUGUAGCCCAGUGACUGGUAUUCAGAGCCAUGCUGCCUCUGAUCCUGAAGGGAUACAGCCUUUGUUUCCACUGUGAUGUAGGCACAAAGAAAGCUGUUGCAAAGCAACACCUAAGAUACUGUGUUGUACAUGAACAAUGCACAGAUAUUCGACUAUCAGAGCAGACCCCUUGAGGUAUCACACUGUGCUUCAAGUUCUUUGCACAGAAUUGUGCAUUGUAUGCUAUCUUCCAAAGGCUUCCUAGAAAGCAAAAGCGGAGCUCAUUUCUACAAUUUAGCAGAAGUGAAUAAAUGCAUCUUCUCUGGUCAGCUGCUCCAUAUGAUAUUCUACAACUCCUUUGUCCUCUUCUGCCCUCCUCCCAAUAGUAUAAUUUAGGGUUUUAAGUUUAAAUAGCAGCAAAAGGUAUUAUUGGUAGUGGGUCCCUCCCCCCAUCCCCAGAUAUUACACUCGGAUGAACAUACUGCAUCCUGAAAUCCAAACAACACUAGAUGAAUCUGAUUGAUGGAUGUACUGUCAAAGUCCAGUUCAAUUUUCAACUUGGAUAUAGUUGAUGCCAUAACUCUGUGUUCAGGAGAACGUAUGAAAUCUCUUAAAAUCCCAAUUAUCUGCUUGAUAUGAGCAACUGAAAGAUGCAGUUCUUCAGAACUCUGAAAAAAAGAUGAAAAUGCAAAAUGUUUAAAAAGGCACAUCAGCAAAUUCCACCAAUGUAUGUAUGUAUGCAUGUUUUCAACCUUGCUGUCACUAUUCUGGAAGACUCAUUUUUACCAAUUCACAGCAAGAGCAGCAGAGGGCAGCUUUCAGUCAGGCACAUCACAAGUAGUUUGAUUCAUGGAUUACAUUAGCUCACGAGAGAGGAAACAGCCUGAGCUAAAUUCAACACUGAUGUAAUCAAACUGCAGGACUGAAUUUGUCCUAUCAGAGAGCAGCUUUCUGCCAUUCAUCCUUAAGCAAAAAUUCAUAUUACAAUCUCUAAUACCAUGAGAAAGGGUGGGGGGGCUAAAACAAACAUUGGCUGCAGAGGUCAAGGCAGCAAACAAGGUGGUCAACAAACUUUAGAUGACCAGUUAAAUAAUAAGAAGCUCCAUUUUACUACUUAAAGGUUGUGAUGGACCCCUCUUUGCUUCUCCAUGUUUGUAAUCUCCACACAAUUUUGUGGAAGAGGAAGUUAGGAUGAACAGACUUGCCCCUGUCUCAUCCAGGGUUGUGCUUGUAAUCCAAGCCAGAGGCUGACCAUCCACAGCAGGGAUCCUGCUUUCCUCAUGUAGGUUCCCCUAGUGAUUUAGAACCGUACAUGAUGAGCACAGCAGGCUCUUCACCCCAGACACCCUCCAGAUCAUGGAGUAGGAAAGGUGGCAGAGCAAUAAUUUUUACCUCUCCCAAACAAGUGAAUAGUCGUAUUACCUGUGCUACGCAUUCUUUUAAAUUGGAAGCUACUUUGUUUUGCUCUUCCUUGAGGAUUUUAUACAGAAUUGCACGUCGUUCGCUGUCCUUUCGUAGCAAGAAAAGACCAGAAUCCCUUUCCUCAAGUGAAGGGGAAGCACUUCGCUCAUCUGAAAUGGAGCUGUCGUCGGGAACACUGGGCCAGAAUGAGACAGCAUUCACAAGAAACUAUAAAUGACAAAGUUGGAGUCCAGAAGAAAACAGCCCAGUUUUUAAAGCAACUUUCCGAUUACUUAAAAUGAAUGGCUUUUAUCUUGUGUGCUACAAAGAUGCCCACCAAAUCCCAAGUUUUAUAGUAGCUGAGAACACAGCUUUCUAUGAAACAAGACACUAAUUCAACAUCUACAGUAAGAAGACAGAUUGAUCAUAAUGUGGACUGCAUUCAUUUGAAGAUGCUGCAAUUGCUGCACUUUUUUGUCAGGGUCUCUUUUUCUGAUUAGACUCUUAUAAUGAGUUUUACUUGCAGGGGCCUAAACAAACCCCAUUCAAUACUUUACAUUUUACUAUAGAUCUUGUAACAGAAUUAGCUUUGAGCACAUCAUCCCACCUAAACUGUAAGGACAGCUGGCACCCUCUGUGAAUCUAACAUGCCAUUUUGCAUAGGUCAGGUUUUACCUUAGUAAAUGGGAGAUAGGGCUCUUUGUCUGAACCUCUGACACGGAGCGCUUUGCCUUAUCAAAUAGCAUGUCAUGUGGCAUAUCAGAGUCCGGUGAGACUGAGCCGUGUUCACUGCUGCUGCUGCCAGCCUGCUCCCCCUGGACUGGCAACGGGAGUGAGGUGCUGCGGUUAUAAUCUGGAGCACAAGAAGAAAAGGGGAAUGAAUAAACAGGUCCACCUAUCUUUUAAGCAAAUGAAACAAAUGCAGUAUAAUUGAAAUGCAGUUUUUAAAAUUGACAAGGUGUGAAAUGAUACUACCGGAUGUGAAAAAAGGUGGGUGUCUGCAAGCUGCAGAAAUAAAUUGUGAUGAUUGAUGGAAAACCCUUCUCAAACAAACACUAGCAGUGGUUUUUUUACCUUUCUAGUGUAGUUCAUCUAGGAAUUGGGGUGGAAGGGACCUUGUUCUGAGUGAUCUCCAAGCACUGAAAGAAUUACUUGAGAUCCAAGAGGCUACUAGCUGAUCAGGUGACAGAAUCUUGCUUUUACAGCUCAUCCACAACUGAAAUUUGUGUAACAUUACUCUCUUUGUGAAGCCAAAUCAGCCCUUGUUAAGGGUUACUAGUUGUAUAAUUUAUUUGCCCUCCUUUUCGGUUUACAACUUGAGAUGCCUUACACACCUUAAACUGCUGGGUGCAUGUCUACUGAAAAUAGGCUUCAUUAAAAUUUCUCCAAAAAGGAUUUUCCAGUUUUAAAAAAUGUCAUUUUGGAGAGAGAAGAAACCCAGCCCUGAAUUUCUUCAUCCUUUAUUAAAAUAUAGUGCUCUAAUUUCACCAAGUUUGUUAUUUAUUUCACCAAGUUUGUUAUAUUAACACUAGGAUGAACCUGCCCCAUAAAUAUUCUUUUCAUAGCUUGUUGAUUGCUUGGCACAUCCAACUGAUUUCCAGGUAUGUUCAGAACCCAAGAUUAAAAGAGAUGGAUGAUGGUUAAUAUCUCUUUACAUACAAAUAUUUUGACUGAUAAUUCCUUACCUGAAGGCUUGAAUGCAAUUCUGUUUUUCUUGCCCUUGUUCAACUGUUUCAAGAAUGGGUCCUUAAGUAAGUCCGAUGCUGUUACUCGUUUAUUUGGAUCAGGUUCAAAGCAGAGCAAAAUAAAAGCUCUUGCCUCAGCAGAUAGUGAUUCAGGAAUUUCAGGGUGAAUUUUGAACAUUCCAACCUGCAAGUAGAAAGGACCCUCUGCAUCACUUCAGCAAGGUGAAUUACUUUAAAGCUGAUUCAUGCUAGGGCUCAUCCACACGUACCUUUUGCCUCAUCUUUGCAGGCAGAGGUGCACACACGUUAAUGCUCUGUGCCUGAGUGUGUAUUUUUUGCCCCGAACUUCCCCCACAGAAACCUGCUCUUUACAGCUGAAUCGGAGCAAAUGUCACUUUGGCCUUUCGCGACGAAAGCUCCAAACAAAAAAAAAGGGGGCACUCAGACACAAACCUUUGUUUGUGGGACAUGGUAGGAGCCUGUGGAAUGAUUUCCUUGCUGAGGCAUACAACUAUCUCUCCUUGAGGGACUUUUAGAAGAGCAACAAAACACACAUAUUCCCUCUAGUUCUAACUUGGCUGGUUGUGAAGCAGCUGUAGCUCCCAGCAUCCUUUGCAUGCAAGUUGUCUCAGAUCUGCUCUUCCACAUAAAUUAAUAGAUGCUGCUAAAUAAUCCAUGUCAGGAAGUAUUCUAGCAGUAUGGUGAUAUGUGGAGGGGCGGGAGGUGGGUUAGUACAUACAACACUUACUUUGAACAUAGCUGCCUGUGGUUCACCCAGUUCAUGAAAGGGAGGCUUCCCUGUCGCCAUUUCAAUGGUAGUGCAGCCCAAAGACCAGAUAUCAGCUGGUGCACCAUAUCCUCGAGGUCCCUUAUCAAUAAUCUCUGGUGCCAUGUACUGCAAAGUGCCUAAAGUCAUAAAAAAGAAUAGGUACAAGUAUUAUUAUUAUUAUUUUAAAAAUCCCUGAACAGAUCACACUUAAUAUUAAUAAUCAACCUUUAUUGUCACUACACUACCUGUGUGCAGUGAGAUUAAACGAGCCCCCCCAUACACUCAGUCUUGUUUGCGCUCUGUGUGCUUGUCGGAAGUCAAUUACACCACUAUUUCUUUUCCCAUUCAGCAGCCCAAUGGAUAAAAACUGUUCUUUAACCUGUUUGUGCGGCUGACUAUACUUCUUUAACCUGUUGGUGCGGCUGACUAUACUUCUUUGCAAAGUACCACACUUCCUUAGGUACUUUGCAAAAAUGACAUUUCCCAUACAGAUGGACUUAACAGAUGGAUUAAGUACCAGUGCCAACAACUCUCAGCUGUUACACUGCAUUCCGUCACAAAUUUUCUACAUGACUGCCUUGGCUUAUGCAAUAUAUUUUAAAUGGAAGACAAUCCAUUGAGUCCAGUAUGAAAAUAAUGUCUUAAGAUCACAUUUUCCAAAUUUUUGCACAAGCAAAGGUUUGAUUACAUAAACAGUAGAAAGGUUACAACCGUUUGCUGGAUGGUUCACAGGAUAACGUAGAGUACAUGCAACUCCCUGUUUGUGUGCAUUUGAGUUGAACGAAACUGCACACGCACACAUCGUUUUUGGAGCCACAAGGGAGAUCCAGCUGUCAUGCGCGGCAAUCUGGAAUGGAACCCCCACAUAAGCUGGGAUUCCCCUGUACUAGUUUUUGCAGUAUCACUAACAAAGUUAUGUAAAUUGUUCCCCUUAAAUUAAUGAAUAACUUUUUACAACACAACCAUAUGCAGCAUCUACUCAGAAGACCCUCUGGGCUCAACUGGGCUUAGAUACAAACUGCAGCCUUAGAAUAUUUAUUAUAUGCAUAUCCUGUAUUAUAUCAUGUGUAAUAUGGAGCUGUCAAAGAUAACCCACAGACAUUCCUGACCAGAAGCACACCUUCAGUAAAGCUACUUCAGCAUUUUGUAUUCUCAGAAAAGCAGAAAGGAGAACUCUUGAAUGCAAAGGUGAAACUGAAGAUUAAGAACAAGCUAAAAUCCUUCUUGUAUGUUGUGGUAAUUUUAAUCUGUUUUAGUAUUUUAACUUUUGUAUGUUUUUAAGUAUAGUUGUGAAUUUUUCUUAAUUUUACUUUUUAUCUUUUGUAAACUGCUUUGAGCUUUUUCGCAGUCAAGCAGUGUGUGUGUGUGUGUGUGUGUGUGUGUGUAAUAAAUAAUGGAAAGUUUGAGAAAUGUUAUUGGGAUGGAUAAUUGUAGGCAGAAAUUACAUUUUGGAAAGUUAUUCAUUAUUAAAGAAUAAGUUGCUUAU